AUGACCCAUCCCCUCCUCCAUAGCCGGUCGUUUUCCAGACGUUUAAGGCACCCCAAACCCGUCAAUCUGCUGCGACUACGACACAACAGCAGAAAUCGCAGCACUGUACGACAUCAAUUGCUGGUCAAGGAGCCGGUUCCUUCCAUUAACAAGGCCUACUCCAUCAUACAAAGUGUGGAGAAGCAGAAAAGGGUCCAGAUCAAGAUAACAGAGGUUCAAAGCAUAACCUUACAUAUAAUGCAGGAAACGAGACCUGAGAGGAAGAAAAUUGGUACUGAUAAGCGAUCACUGUACUGCACGCAUUGUCAGCGAAUCGGGCACAAUCAAAGCACCUGUUUUAAGUUGUAUGGGACACCUGACUUGUACAAACAGCUCACAAAUAAAAAGAAGAAGGAGGGAAGCGGCAACAGAGGUUUUGCCGUGCAGGUCAUAAAUGAGAAGGGCAAUCUGGCACAGACGAGCACGAAAGAGGAACUACUUCAGGAUCUGCUUGCAUUGAUGCGAAAUACCAUGCAGCCUCCUGCACAAGGCAACCUAGCACACAUUGAUGACUUUGCAGGUAUAAAUCAAGUUCUUAAUGUUUCUGAGCAUACCUCUUUGUCCUCUUGGAUCAAAGAUACGGGGGCAACUAAACAUAUAUGUGGCAGUACUUGCACUCUUGAUAAUCUCUUUCCUCUCACUCAUCCGACCUUUGUCCACUUACCAGAUGGGACCUCCAUCGAUCUUAAUGUCAUUCGUCGUUUUGUUCACACUACUUGCUCUGUAUUACUCAAUAGUGAUAGCGUUUUGUGGCACAAAAGGUUGGGUCAUCCGUCACUCAUUGAGCCAAAGACUUAUCUUCAGGCGUGCAAGGAUGCGAACUGGGUGGAUGCCAUGAACCAGGAGCUUGUGGCCUUGGCUGCUAACAAAACAUGGACUCUUACACCAUUACCUCCGGGGAAGCGACCUAUCGAGUCGCGCUGGGUUACAAAUUAA